AUGGACAACAAAGCCAUCAAAGAACUGAAAUCAGACAAAUUGAAGGCCAGGGCUUGCAAUGACAUGAAAGAGUUGAUGAAUAUCUGCAACUGUUUGGGACGAAAGUAUUUGCAGACAAACAGAUAUAAUGAGGCCAUCGAUGAGCACAAGGAAGAGCUGGACCACAGUCUUCAGAUGGGUUGCCGUCGAUCGGAAGCGUCCGCCAGAAGAGCGUUAGGGGAAUGCUAUUCAGAGAUCAGUGAAUACCAGAAGGCGUUGUCUGAACACCACAAGUAUCUGUCGUUAUCUCAGAGUCUUUGCGACGACAUUGAGAUCCAGAGGGCGUUCGCCACAAUCGGACGGACACACUAUCUUCGGGCCCAAGAACUCUAUCACACGAACAAUGAGGUCAACAAAAAGGUCUUAAUGGAGGCCAAGAAUGCCUUCUCUAAGGCUUUGAAAUUAUGCGACGAAUUGACUGAACUCAAGGACAAAGAGUUGGCGGAAAUGCGAUCUCGACUUUACCUCAAUUUAGGUCUUGUCUUAGAAAUGAUGGGUCACUGGAAGGAAGCGAUGACUCAUUUGCAUCUAUCGAUCGCAUUAAAUAAACGAUUCGGUUUGACUGAAGACAUGUUUAGGUGUCAGUUGGCGUUGGCAUCGGUUUAUGAGAAGAACAAAGAGCUGCAGAACGCGUCCAACACUUACGACGAGGCCAUCAAAAGUGCGAAACUCCUGAAGAAUAGGACCCAUUUGUGCGACGCUCUCAUCGAAAAGGGUUUGGUUUUAAUGCGUUUACAUGCGUUUGAAGUCUCGCGGAAGUGCUUCAAAAAGGCCUAUAAAUUGAAUUCACCGAUCGUUGAGGACCGCGAAAAGGUCAUCAGAUAUCUUAAGAUUGCGUCCGUUAUAUGCGAUCACUUCAGAGAGAUGUCCCAAACAAGUGAUUCGGAAGUGAAGUUGAAUUUGUGCGACAAAUUGGGCGAUCAUUUCGUCGAAUUGAAACUCUUUGGAGUUGCCAUUGAUUUCUAUAAGAAAGAGUUGAAUCUUGCGAUUCAAUGCAAUAAAAGUGAUGCAGAAAUCGCCAAAAUCUAUGUCUCUAUCGCUCAGACAUACGGCGAUAAUAUGCAGUACACGGAAGCCAUCGAAUACUUCACUCACGAGUUGAACUGCAAUCGAGGGAAUGGUGUCGAAGAGAGUAAGACAUUGAAGAAUAUCGCAGAAAUGAAAGAGUAUUUAGAAGACGACAAACUUAAUGACGAUAUCAUCGAAACCUAUGAAAUGGCUUUAGAGAAGAUUGGGAACAGUGACACGAGUUUAUCACUUGAUUUGUUGCAACGAUUUUUAGCUUUUCUUAGAAGUCGUCGAUUAAAAUGUGACAAAAUUUUGGAACUCAACGACAGAAUCAAAGAACUUAGUCUUCAGAGAAGAACAGAAUGUGAACCAAUUGAAGAUGAAGAAGAAGAUAAUGAAGACAUUUAUGACAAAUAUAAUUUAAACGACUUAUCGGACUUCAGCAGUGGUUCCGAUGAUGAAGAAGUGAGUUCUUCAAACCGGUCUAAAAGAAUGGGUAAAAAGAUGAAAACGAAUCAAUUGGGAGAAACAGAUCUUCAUAGAGCGGCCAUUGAGGGGAAAGUCAAACUCGUCGAGCGAUUACUUGCAGACAAACAUCCCGUUCACGUUCGCGACCACUGCGGGUGGACUCCACUGCAUGAGGCCGUCAACAACGGACACAUAGAGAUCGUUAAGUUGUUGCUGGCGAACGGCGCCCACAUUGAUGACAAUGAAGGGGCCAAAUGUGAUGGCAUUACGCCAUUGCACGACGCCUGCAGUAAUGGUCACUUCAGUAUCAUUCGACUACUCCUAAGAAAAGGAGCGAAAGUAACGCUUUUGAAUAAUUCCAACGAAACGCCUUUGGAUUCGCUUCGGGAUUGGAAGCGGAGGUGUAGUGAAGAGAAGAGUAUCACUGAAAACGACGCCAAAGAGUUUAAACUCUUAGAGAAAGAAUUGGAGGAAUUGCUCAAUAAAGCAGGUUUUGUGCGCAAAAGUGUGUCCUUUCCUAAGGCAUUGAAUCGUACGGCAAAAGUUCAUUCGGCUUUAAUCCGGAACCGACGCUCCAGUCCUGACAUGGAUUCUGACGAUUCUUUAAACGCGUCGAUCCAUAAGUCUUCGUAUUCUCGGCCCAACAAUUUAGUGACAAAGAGUGCAAACGAUAUGGACAUCGAUUUCGAUGACCCCAGGACUGCACGAAGAGAGUACAGCGCAUCCAUUUCCAACUUAAGACGCAAUCGAGACGUUGAUACGAGUAAACAGAAGCCCCGACCGAAGGGCACUGCAAUGCCGGCGCUCAUAGACGAGAGGAAUCUUGUGAAUGAGAAUCAAUGGCUUAUCGAUGAUAUGCCGACAAACAAAAAGAGGUCGUGUUUGGAUGCUUUCGAUGCGUUCAACAAACGCUCAAAAACUAGUGAUAAUACAUUAAAAACUUCUAAGCCUUUGAGAUAUAAGUCAACAAAACAAACCAAUAUUGAUUCCCAAAGACAUGACAGUGAUUUGGAUAUGUAUUCUGACAGUGAAAGCACAUGUGAUUCCGGUGGUAGUGAACCAACUGUUAUUAACCCAAAGCCACCACUUCCCGAAUCCACUAGAGAUAUGAUGUCUAAAAAUAGUGUUUCAAACGCUGAAUCGCGAACUAAUUUAAAGCCGAUUCUGUUGAGGGUUUGUGUUAACGACAGCGACAACACUGUGUUUGUUAUUCCAGUGCUGAACAGGAGUGCCAACUGUUUGUGGCUCAAUAAAGAGGCCGAGAAGAGAUAUUUCUCGAAAUUUGGUGAAAAGCCUAUUCUAUCGCUGCAAACAACUGAUGGCGCGCUCCUCACAGACGAAGAUUGUAUUCUUGAUGUCAUUACUGGCGAUGAGUUAAAGGUUAACGCAAAGAUCGAGUCAUGGGUUUUGAAUCCAUUACCGGAU